AUAACUUCGUGUCAAAUCACCUAAUGAGAAUCGCGGAGAUUUCAUCCACGCCGGACCGCCGGCGGGACUCCGUCGUAGAGGCCACCGCGCUCUCACAAAUUGAGUCCACAAUCAAGUUGCUCGAGCGUCACUCGCCCGUGCAAUCCUUGCAGGAAUCGUUCUCCUCCGACCUUCGACGGACGCUAACUCAGUUGACUCAACUCGCUCCGUUUCCCAAUUCCGUGAAGCUUCUUGUUUGGAAACUAAGCUACCGCCUUUGGAACGCGUGCGUUGAUCUCUCCAAUGCAUCCUCAGCGAAAAUCUCAGAGGAACACGCCAAGCUCCGGCAAGUCGCGGCUGAGCUGCUUUUUCUUACUGUCGACGUGGCUGGGAUUCCCUCUCCGGCGUUCAAGGCGGCUCUGUUCUUCUACAAGACCGGGUUAAUUUGGUACGACCUAACAAUUUUGGAUUCUGCUAACAAUUGCUUUGAAAAGGCUACCGAGCUAGUAUCAAAUAUUGACAAUAGCGCAGUUUCGGACGAUGACGAGCGGAAAUUGCUCUUAGAUCUCAACCUCGCUCGUUCUCGAGCAGCUUGGGAAGUUUCAGAUAGAAAUUUGGCAAUUACAUUACUAAAUAGGUCAAAAAAUGUUUUGUUUGGAGUUUCCAGGAACUUCAGUGCCCUUGCUAAUCAGUACUUGGCAUUUGGAAAGACAUUGCUCGCAGGAAACGAAUCUUCUGCCAUGAAUGAUGCAUUGAAGUUGAUGAAUGAUGCGUUGGAAUUGUGUGAAAAGGGUUUGAGAGUAGUGAAAAGGACAGAGGAGACUCUGAUUUUGAAGGAGUUGAGACUGAAGACUCUGAGAUUCAUAGCAGCUGCACAUUUGCAGAGUGAUGAGUUCGAGAGUGUGUUAAAGUGUGUGAAGGUUUUGAGGGAUGUUGGGAGUGGUGGCGACAACCACCCAAGCUUGACUGUCUUGGCCAUGAAGGCCUGGCUGGGUUUGGGGAGGUAUGGUGAAGCAGAAAAGGAAUUGAGAGGAAUGGUACUAAAUAAAGGAAUACCUGAGGCUGUUUGGGUAUCGGCAGUGGAGUCGUUCUUUCAGGCCUCCGGCGCAGCAGGUGCAGAGACAGUUAAAGGAGUGUUUCUCGGGCUACUAGAGCGUUGUCAUGUAAGCGCCGGGGCUGCAAUUAGGGUUGUCAAUAGAGUGAUUGGGAAUGGAUUGAGCAGUGGUGAAGGAGUGAAGGUCAGAGCUGAUGUUGUCAGUCAGCUGGUUUCAGAUGAAAGAGUGGUGGCGCUGUUUAACAGAGAAGGUGCUGCUAAGGAGAGGACCACCAUGCAUGCUCUUCUCUGGAACUGUGCAACAGAGCAUUUUCGGUUGAAAGGUUAUGUACUCAGCGCUGAGCUGUUCGAAAACUCUAUGCUAUAUGUACCUCAUGGAAUAGAGAACAGAAUUAUCCGAGCAAAGGGGUACCGGGUUCUAUGCCUCUGCUACUUAGGCCUAUUGCAGCUAGAUAGAGCUGAAGAAUACAUCAAUGAAGCUGAUAAGUUGGAACCCAAUAUAGCGAGUGCAUUUCUGAAGUUCAAGAUUUUCUUGCAGAAGAACGAUCACGACAGGGCUAUUGCUCAGAUGCGAGCAAUGCCUACCUGCCUGGACUUCACUAAUGAUUUCAUUUCCCUGGCAGCCCAUGAAGCUGUCGCCUGCCAGGCAUUCCCAGUUGCCAUUGCCUCUCUGUCCCAACUCCUAACUUUUUACUCAUCUGGGAAACCAAUGCCAACCAAUGAGGUCGUGGUACACCGCACCUUGAUUACAAUUCUAACUCAGGUCCCGGACAGUGAUGCUGAUGUCCUCAAACACAUGAAACAAGCCUAUGUCCGGCUGUCUGAGGUUGGGCCUGACCUCUUCUUUGGCAAAUGUGAAGUUGGAAGGCGGGAGAAGAACUGGUUCGCAGGGAAUGCUUGGAAUUUUGGAGCAAGAACUGGGCAGGAGAAGAAGUAUGAUAUGUCUGCUGAAUUCUUCAAAUUGGCAUCACAAUUUUAUGGAGCUAUAGUUGACGGAGAAACAGAGGUUGAAGAUGAUGCAAUGGUUUGUAAAUCAAUCAUGCUGUUUGCAUCUGCCAUAAUUGCUGAUGAGAUGCACAACAAAACCACCUUGCCGGAAAAUGAAGUUCGACAAACCAUUGAGCUGUUGGGCAGAGCUGGAAAGAUAUUGAUGUCGAGCAGAAAAAAUGAUGAUCAAACAGCUGCCAUUGAGCCAAACUUCUUCUUCGUGUACACUUGGAGUGCUUUCAACCUUCACUCCAGGUUGAGUGACAUGAAUGCCCAACAGCUCCUACUGGUAAAAAGCUUUGCGACCUCAAAAUCUUGCAACCCCAAACAUUUGCUUCAGAUUGGCCUUGAGGCCUCACAAGGACCACGAUCCAACCCCGAAGUCAGCAACUUUGCUUUAAGCACUUGUCUCACUGCCCUUCUUUCUUCCCCUUCUCCGGACUACCAGACUACGGCUCUAGUCUUGAGGAAGCUGAUCUCUAUCACCACAGUCUACAAGGCAGGAGGCGCAGAUGAUGACUCUGUACUUGAAAUGUACAAGCAAGCUUACCGAAUCAUGGUUGGAUUGAAGGAAGGUGAGUAUCCCAUUGAAGAAGCCAAAUGGCUCGCCACAACGGCAUGGAACCGAGCUGCCGGUCCAGUAAAAAUGGGGCAGAUUGAGCUAGCAAAAAAGUGGAUGUGCAUUGGACUGGAAUUAGCCGUGAAGGUUCCAGGCAUGCAGAACUACAAAACAUGCAUGGAGGAUUACUUAGCAGGCUUUGACAAGAAAUUCAAAGAGCAGGAGAAUGGUAAUGACAGGACACUUACAGUGUCCUGAUGAGGUAAGUUUGCCUGUUGAAUUUGAUUAUAUUAGCCUCCAGGAAUUAAUUAGCAUCUGAGUAAUAUGCAUAUGAUAAUACUUAGCUUCAUAGGCAUUUCUAGUCUAUAGGAAUAACAUACUGAUCAUUUUUGCUUAAUAAAUUUUCUAACAUUUGGCCAGUU